GGGAAGGUGGUGGGAGAGAGGAGGAAGAAGGUUAAAAAGAAUAUUAGAGAAUUAGGAGGUGUACCAAGCAAGAAAUGGGGUGAGUUAAGUACUUUUCUUCAUUGGCCCAUAUGCAGUAAGACGAGGCCCAGUAGCCCAUAGCCACGAACAACUAACUCCAAACCCUAACUCAAUAAAUUCCCCCAAUCCCCAAACCCUAAUCCUGCCGCAAGCAGAGAUGACAACCCGAUUUAAGAAGAACCGCAAGAAGCGCGGCCACGUCAGCGCCGGCCACGGCCGUAUUGGAAAGCACCGCAAGCACCCCGGCGGCCGGGGAAAUGCCGGCGGCAUGCACCACCACAGGAUCCUCUUCGACAAGUACCACCCGGGGUUCUUCGGGAAGGUAGGGAUGAGGUACUUUCAUAAGCUCCGCAACAAAUUCUACUCCCCCAUCGUCAACAUCGACAAGCUAUGGUCUCUGAUACCCCAAGACGCGAAGGACAAAGCCCUAAAAUCGAAGGACACUGCCCCUCUAAUCGACGUCACUCAGCACGGGUACUUCAAGGUUCUCGGAAAAGGUGUGCUGCCCCAAAACCAGCCCAUUGUUGUGAAGGCCAAGCUUAUUUCGAAGAUCGCGGAGAAGAAGAUCAAGGAAGCCGGUGGUGCUGUUCUUCUUACGGCUUAGGUUAAUUUUUUUUUCCCAUACAUUCGAGGUUGUUGUUUUUGUUUUGUGUGUUUUGUUUCGGAUGACUUUUUUAUAUUACAUAUUGCAAGUAAUACAUUGUGUUUUUUUAUUGUUUCGUUGUUGUCGGAUUUAGGUUAAUUAAAAGGUUUAUGCGAACAAUUCUGCGCUAAUGUCCUAAAAACCUUGUUGUGAUAGGAAAUUUAUUGGAAUAAUUGAAACGAAAUUUGGGAGGAUUAUAAUUA